AUGUCCAAACAGCAGAAAACGAACACAUCCGAUCUGUACUGUUUCCUGCGCAGGCAAGAAGCACUGCUGGCCGCCAUAAGCGAGAAGGACGCCAACAUCGCUCUGCUGGAGCUCUCCUCGUCCAAGAAGAAGAAAACCCAGGAAGAGGUGUCAGCCCUGAAGAGAGAGAAGGACAGCCUGGUUCAUCAGCUCAAGCAACAGACGCAGAACAGGAUGAAGCUGAUGGCCGACAACUACGAGGACGACCAUCUGAAAGUGGCGUCUCCGAACUCUGACCUGCCCAACAAUCACAAGCCCUCCCCAGAUCAGUCUGCCAUAUUGUACAGAAGGAUUCUCUCUCCUCUCCUGGACCUCAAUCAGAAUCGCAAUAAACUGAAGCUGUACAUAAGUCACCUGACCUCACUGUGUCAGGAGCGUGACCCAAUCAUAUUGCAGGACUUUGCCCCGCCCCUAUCUUAUCACCGCUCUGACUCCGCCUCCUGGCACACGCAGCUGCACAGCAUGUCAGAGGAGCAGUUGGAGGCGGAGUUAGCGUUGUGUGAGAAGGAGGAGGCGGAGCUCCAGGAGUACGCCAAUCAGGUCCUGCAGCAGAUUGCCGACCGGUGCCCGGACAUUUUGGAACAAGUCGUCAAUGCCUUGGAGGACAGCUGCUGACUGACCUUUGCACACACACACACACACACACACACACGCUCACAGACUGACUGGAAAAGAAAAAAAAAAAAUCACACUCGCUUGCAUGCAAAAGUCAAACAUUGAGCGCGAACACACCGGGGAAAAAAAAAAA